UGCGGAAGUCCGCUGGCAGCCUUCACACAGCGCAGUCACCGCUCUGCUUCGGCGAGCAGGAACUUUAGAACCAAAUCUAAAUGCGGCCGUAUAAAUAUCUCCGUCUGCGGUUCUGCUGAGGACGCUGCUACAGGCUCCGGUUCAGCAUGGCCGGCCGUGGAGAGCUGGACUGCUCGCCGAAUGCCUCGGCCUCCUCUAAGCUGACGGAGGAGGAAUCCUGCCCCGCCGACUCCACCUCCACCUCCACCUCCACCCCGGAGUGCGCCAUCUGCCUGCAGAGCUGCGUCCAUCCAGUCCGCCUGCCCUGCUGCCACGUCUUCUGCUUCCUCUGCGUUAAAGGCGCCUCCUGGCACAGCAAACGCUGCGCUCUCUGCAGGCAGCAAAUCCCAGAGGACUUCCUGGAGCGGCCGGUCCUCCUCUCACCCGAAGAGCUGAAGGCGGCGGCUGCGGGGCUGAACCGAGGCAGCGGGACGGGAAGCGAGUCCCGUGGAGACUUUGCGUGGUACUAUGAAGGACGUAACGGCUGGUGGCAGUAUGACGAGAGGACCAGCCGGGAGCUGGAGGAGGCCUUCGCUAAGGGCAGGAAGAGCACCGAGAUGCUGAUCGCCGGGUUUCUGUACGUGGCUGAUCUGGAAAACAUGGUGCAGUACCGCAGGAACGAACACGGCCGCAGACGCAAGAUCAAGAGGGACGUUGUCGAUAUCCCAAAGAAGGGGGUGGCGGGCCUGAGGCUGGAGCCCGAACCGGCCUCCGGCUCGACUUUACCCACAGAACGCGUCAGCUCGGCUGAUGGGUCGGACUCUGCCGGCCAAUCACAGUCUUCCUUUGGCAUCCUGGUGUCUCUGCCCCCCGUCAGACCUCAGACUCUGCUGGGACGCCACCUCACCAGCCCUCUGUCUCCACCGCCUUCCACCCUGGAGGAGUCUUUCUCUCAGCUGCUGAUCAGCCAGCCGGAGGGCGAGGAGGUGGAAGGAGAGUACGAGUUCGCAUCCGGCAGCAGUGAAGGCGAGGAAGACGAGGAGGAGGAGGAGAAGGAGCGAGAAGAAGCGACGGCACAAAGGAGACGGAGGCUGAGAGAGAACCAGCCGACCAGAGUCCCUCCGAGAGGCCGACCGUCCAGCUCAGCGCUGAGUCUGCGCUCCCGUAGUCCUGACGGACAGUGCACUGUGACCGAGGUGUGACUGGACGGCUUUAAACUCUGAUCAGUUCAGCAAAAAAUGCAUCUUUGAAGGUCCCAUGGAAGGAGAAACACCUGUAACGUGUUGUUACGUGGGUCACUGGGUGAUCAGCCGUGUGCCAAAUAUGAUCCUGAAAUGCAUCCGACCUGUUUCUACGUCACCAUGUUCUCGGGUUCAUCAGAGAUCUCCAUCCAGCUCAGUUAAAUCUUAAUCUUAGUUGUUUUGUAGGCGGCUUAGCGAACGCUGGACUGCUGGGAUCUGGAAAAAUCAGCUUUCUUGUCCUCCAGCUUUCUUGCAGGUGAAAAAUCAUCCGUCCACUUUUUUGUUUAAUUAAAAAGAAAUAGCUAAAACUUUAGAUUUUAACUUGUUUUAAAGCCUUUAAAAGCUGAUUUAAGACGCAUUUCUUAAGAAGAGUAAUCAACUUUUUGGCCAUAAUCACCGUCCGUCGCUGCCUUCACAUCAGGAGCCGCAACGAUUAAUCGAUUAGAUGUCGACUGUUUAGUUAAAUAGCAAAUAUUCUGAU